AUGAACCGCCUCUUUGGAGCCAAAAGCACGGCGCCCAAGCCAACACUGAACAGCGCCAUCUCAAACGUCGACACACGCAUAGAAAGCCUCGACGUCAAACUCGCCAAGCUCAACGCAGAGCUUUCCGCCUACCAACAGAAACUCGCAAAGAUGCGCGACGGCCCAGGCAAGACCGCCAUGAAGCAAAAAGCCCUCAAGGUCCUCCAGCAGCGCAAAAUGUACGAGGGCCAGCGCGACCAGCUACAGGCACAGUCGUGGAAUAUGGAGCAGGCCGGCAUGAUGCAGGACAACCUCAAGAACACAAUGACCACCAUCGAUGCCAUGAAGACUACCACCAAGGAGCUGAAGAAGCAGUAUGGCAAGGUCAACAUUGACCAAAUCGAAAAGAUUCAGGACGAGAUGGCUGAUCUCAUGGAAAUGGGAAACGACAUUCAAGACGCCAUCAGUCGCAGCUACGAUGUGCCAGAGGACGUGGACGAGUCGGAGCUGGAUGCCGAGCUGGAGGCCCUUGGCGACGAGGUCGACUUUGAGGGCAUUGGAGAGUCGUCUGGUGUCCCCAGUUUCAUGCUCGAUGAUGCUGCGCCCCCGCAGUUCAUCGACGAGCCUCCGUCAACCAACAAGGUCCAGGAAGCUGCAGGAUGA